CGUAGUGUUGCUACGCCGUCGGUUUCUCUGAUACUGGCGAUGCACUAGUGGAGGAGAUGUCAUGAUAGUAUGCUGAGAAGGAGUCGGUGGACGGAAGGCACGUGCUGAAUGGCGGAGACAUCCUGUAAAGUAAUGGUGGCCUCACCUACCACUAGGUGGAAAGUAUGUGUCUCCUGCCUCCACCUCUCAACCAACGCCGUAAGAAGAGAUCGAUCAAGCAAAAACCCUCCUCCCAAAAUCCUAUGUACACCGUAAAACCCAGCAAGCCUAACAUACUAUACCUGCUAGAAAACGAAAAUGAAAGAGGAAAGUGAAAUCAGGAAAUUAUACCUGCUAGAAAACCGCUACUUGAAGUAGCGGUUUAUUAAACAAAAACCGCUACUUGAAGUAGCGGUUUAUUAAAAAGAAACCGCUACCUGAAGUAGCGGUUUAUUAGUAAAAACCGCUACUUCAGGUAGCGGUUACUUCAGGUAGCGGUUUUGCUGUAGACCGGAUUUAAAAUUUCUUCCCCCUGAACCGGUGACGUGGACGGUACUUUGGGAAUUCUUAAAACUUUGGCUGCAAUUUGGGAAUUGCGGUUCUUCUUGACUUUAAUUUGGGAAAAAGCUCAAAUUAUUAUGUCUUAAUCCAAACCAAAACCAAUCCAAUUAUAUCUGACCAAAUGACUCAAAUUGACACCUCUACCCCUAACAACGGAGUAACAACUACGAGUAUUCAUUGACUUUACCCAAAAACAAUGAACCCAAAAACCUGACCAACGUCCCAGAGUUAGCGUGAAGUCAACAGCUCCGGCGGGAAAAGUUAGCCGGAGGAAAGACAACGAAGAAAACAAUGGCGAAUAUCACCAUUAAAAUCCUCGUCAUCUUUUCGUUAAUGGCGGUAGUUUUUUCAGGGCAAGAAAACUCAAGUUCAAGCAGAUUGAUAGAAGUAAAAGGAGGCCCAAAUUCAGUGAUUUGGGUGGUUCAACUCUCUGAUCUUCAUUUCAGUGUUCAUCACCCAGAUAGAGCUCUUGAUUUUAAGAAAUUGGUGAGCCCUUAUCUUUCUGUCAUCAACCCUUCUCUUGUUCUUAUCACCGGCGAUCUCACAGAUGGGAAGAGCAAAGAUCACUCAAACAUGAAACAAAAUGAAAAAGAGUGGGUGGAAUACCGGGAUGUGAUGGCAGAUGUAGUCAAGAAGAGUGGACUUGACAAGAGCAUCUUCUAUGAUCUUAGAGGCAAUCAUGAUAAUUUUGGUGUGCCAUCCGUUGGUGGCACCUUUGAUUUCUUUUCAAACUACAGUCUAAAUGCUGAAGCAGGAAGGACUGGGCAUGUAAACAGUGUCACACUUCAGACAGAAGAUAGAAGGCAUCUAUUUGUUGGGAUUGACAUCACCAUGGCUGUUGGCCUCAGAGGUCCAACCAAUCUUUUUGGGCAUCCGACUGAUAAUUUAUUAGCGGAGCUGGAUUCUGAGCUAUCAAAAUGGGGUGCUGAUCCAAAGAACCCAGUGGUAAAGAUCUCAUUUGGACAUUUUCCUCUUUCAUUUUCAGCAACCUCAGAAUCUGGGAGGACCCUAAAAAAUGUUUUUCUCAAACAUUCAAUAUCUGCUUACCUAUGUGGACAUCUCCACACGAGGUUUGGCAAGAAUUUGAAACGGCUUCACCGACCAAGUAAUGAUCUCAUGCAGCUAAAUAUGCAACAGACAUCCUCCAAGAAUUCUUCGAAUGGAUCAUCCAAAGUCCAGGAAUUCUGGGAAUGGGAAAUGGGUGACUGGAGGAGAAAUAGAGCCAUGCGUAUUUUGGCUAUUGAUAGAGGUCAUGCUUCAUUUGUAGAUAUCAACUUGAAAUCGGGUACUAAAAAAACUAUCAUCUUACCCACUUUUCCGCUAGACUCACGCUUUACAUUGGCAUCAUCUCAAUUUACCGAAUUUGAACAUCAAUCAUUGGACCCCUCACACUACAUGACCAUAAGAGCUUUGGUCUUUUCAUCAUCUCCAAUCAUCUCAGUAGUGGCUCGUGCUUAUGACUCCGAGCUUGGAAAUCUUGUUCUAGUUUUGGAGGAAUCAAUGACGGAGAUCAAGGAUAGCUCCUCAAGAGGAGCUCUUUAUGCAGCACCUUGGAAUUUCAAAGCGUUUCAGGACCCAUCUCCAGAAAGAUACUGGCUGCAGAUAGAAGCCAUUGACGUAAGAGGCAGAUCAACCUUGACUGAGUUGAGGCCAUUCUCAAUAAAUGGUCUUUCUAGUCCUCUGUCUUGGACAUGGAAGGAGUUUAUGGUCAUGGGUUGCCAGUGGGCUGCUUUGUAUCUUCCAAUAUUAUGGCUUUCUGUUGGGUGUUCCUUCUUUAUUCUUCUUCUCCCUGUGGCUUUGUUAAUUCUUUUCAAGAAACAGUACACAUUACAGAAUUUCUAUACUGACAAAAAAUUUAAAAAUGGUGUUGGAUGGGUCUUGACAGAGUUGUACAAGCUGCGCUCAGUGUGGCUUGGAUUUCUAGGUUACUUGUUCUACCUUGUUCUAUGUCCUUGGUUUUCCGGGCAAUUAUUUACUGAUGGUGGUGAAAGGGGGUAUAUGACUUACAGGGGCUGGGUAGUGAAGCAUCCAGAGAUGGGUAAAAAAUUGGAGUUCCUUGGGUUUCCAGAUAUAAUGGUGAUAGUCAUCCCUCAUUUGGUAUUUGUAGUUUUUCCUUCUAUUCUAAUGGCCGUGGGAUUGGCUAUGGAAAGUGAAAUAUAUAGAAUACACCUUUUAGCACUUUCAGGUAAGAAGGAAGAUGAUCAUUGUAAAGAUUCCCUGAAAUCUAGACACAGUAACACUCAAAAUCAUAGAUCUUCCAAGUUUUAUAUUGGUACACUCUUGAUCAGGAGAGUUUCUAUGGUGGCUUGUCUGGCGAUCUUCUACAAGCAUUUUAAGAGUUGCAAGCUGCUGGCGAAAGCCUAUGAAAUGAAUCCGUUGUUACAUUUCCCAGUUUAUUCUCUCUCAAUACCACUUCUGCUGGCAUAUGCUGUCUACAAAACCAGCAGACGCUAGCAUCCUGAGCAAGCCACAGGAAAUUACCGUGGUUGAUCAAUUUUAAGAAUUAGGAGACAGAAAUUUCUUGAACAUUCAUAGGACGCAGCACGCUAUAUUCUAAUGCAAAACCUGAUACAAGCCUCAAGGUGCAUGUGGGUCCACAUAUAUGAGGUUGUUCAUUACUGAAGAGUUCCGAGUAUCAGAGCAAGUUAUGGUAACUGGUAAGGUUACUCACUUUUCAUGUCAAAAACAAGCCAAUACCCUUAGUAAACAGCUGUUCUAGAUCCAGCAUUUACAAUGAGGAAGCUAAAACUUUCUGGAUUCCUGGUCUCCUAACAUUUAUAGUUGUGUAGAAACUUUUGUAAAAAACAUUUAGGGAGCUAUGCUAAAAUUUAUUGAUAGAAAGCGAUAGUAUCCUUUUUUUUUUUUUUUUUUGAAAAGAUAUA